UUAGGUAUUGAAUGGAAUAUUUGGAGAGAUAUAGAACUUGGUGGGGGUUGUGGUGUUAGUGGUAGGCAUAAAAAGCCAACAAAUCCUAACGAUCACCGUGGUGUACUCACAACACUUUCAGUUUCAUCUCCUAGAUCUUGGAUUCGUAAUUUUGGUGCAUUGUGGAGAUCUACUUGGUAUUGGCUUCGAUCAUCUGAAAACAAUGCUCAAAUAUAUCCUCAUAGUGAUUCUAAAACUUCAUUGAAUUUUUUCGCAGAUUCUCCAGUCACUAUAUCUGAAAAAAAGCUGGAACAAAGUCGUGUGAAAUUCGCUCGCCUUACUUAUACUCCAAUUUGUACAGGAUGUUCGAAAUGUUGGGAGAAGAAGUUAAUG